AUGGUCUUCGCCAGAAUAUUGAACGCGGUUGUAGUUUUUUUAACCCUUGAGAUACUUGAAGAGUUCCUCCCGCUCCUCCACGGGCAUCACUCUAAGAGCAUCUCGCACACCCUUCCAUCCGGCACGCUUGUUGUCGCGAACCAAGGUGGCAACUUCCUCGGCAAGGUGCUCGUUCUUGAGCGCCUCAACCUUCUCUCCAAUCUUCUUCCUCUCAGACUCGUACCACUCGGAUACAGCCUGGUCGUUCUUCUCCCAGUCAUUGAUGCCAGACCAGCUCUUCAGGAGGUGCAGGUUCUGGGCGCGUUGCUGGCUCUUCUGAGCAGUGCUCUGGUUGGCGACAGGAGCCAGGGCGCUAGUGGACAUCUUCCUGAGGACGAACUCCUCGUUGAGUCUUCGGCGCAGACGCCAGUAGAAGAAGCGGCGGGCGUUGAUCCACUGAAGCUGGUCACGGAUGACACCCUUGGCCUUCAUGCGUCCAGCACGGUCGUGGAGGUCAGCGUACUGGGCAGCAAUCUGGGCGUAGAUGGGCAACAGCUGCUUCUCACGCUCAGCCAUCUGCUUCUUAAUCUGCUCAGACUGGUCGGCGGUGAGGUUCUUGUUCUCGAGCUGUUUCUUGAGGUUGGCGUAGGUCUCAUCCAGGCGGGCAAUGGUUGCCAGCUGCUUGUCCUUGCGGUACUUGAUACCGAUGAUACCAUCAGGCUCCAGGACACCACCACGGGCCUCUUCAUCAGCAUACAUCUCCAUGGUGUCUGGAGAGAUGGGGGGAAUGUAGAUGAAGAUGGGCUGUUCAUACUUGACGAGGGCGUCGACAAUGAACGAACCGUACUUGAGAACUUCGUUGUACAUGUCGCGCUGACCACCAGAGAAACCACGCCAGUUGGCAAGGAUCAUCAAAGGCAGCUGCUCACCAUUAUUGAAGUCAUUGAUAGCCUGAGCAGUCUUGAAGGCAGAGUUGGGGUACCAGACACCACCAGCCUCCUGGCCGACCUGCUCGAUAGAGUCGGGGUUGGCAGGGUCGGCAGGGGUGAUGUUCUCGACCGUGCGAGUCUCGACAGCAAUGACGCCCAUGGGGAUACCACCAAGACGAGCACGACCAAUCACAACGGUACGAGCCCAACCACCAAGAGCCUCGACAAAGGAGUCCUUGUCGAAGAGACCGCUCUGGAAGCUUCCAUCAUCCUCAGUCUUACCACUGAUCAACCAGCGAACAUCAUACGGCUGCUUCUGGGGAGGGGUGUAGAUGACAUCACGAUCCCACUCAUCAAUGACGGGGCUCAGCGCGACGGGGUUAUUGCGCUUGUCAGCGAAAUCAUCGUUGGCAGUCAUGUGAGAGACACCGUUACGGUACAUGAUCUGAGUGCCACCGAGCUGCAGGUUGGAAGUGUAGACUUCACGUCCAAGCAGGUUGUUCAGGGCAGGGGCACCUGUCAGGAUAAUGGGUUGACCCUCGAUCUGGACGACACGCUGGCCGAGGCGAACAAGGGUGACGGUGAAGAUGUCGUUGUACGCUCGGCUGGUGGCACCGGCAAUCAGACCAGAGCCUCGCAAACACUCGACACCCAAACCAUCCUCCUUUCCGAUAAUAGUGACAAUCUUGAAUCGCUUCUCGCCCCUCUCGGAAAUCUCCUCGGUAAUAACGGAAUGCUCGAACCGAGUCUUGGUCUCCUCAUCCAGAUACAGGUAACGGAACCCAGCAUCUGGCUUGCCGGCAUCGUUCCAUGCAACCUUGAAGUGAGGCAUCAACUCUUCAGCCAAGCCCAGGCGGGCGCCAGAGUUGGCGGAGAGGUAAAUGCGGGGAAUACCAAGCUUGCGAGCCAGCUCAGUGCACUUGUGGAAGAAGUUAUCCUCCUUGGGACCGAAAGAACCAAUCUUGUAGGUAAUGUCGUUGGCGACGACAAUGAAGCGACGUCCGCCAGGGUACUCAGGGGUGCGAGCACGGAAAAUCCAACCAACCAUACCGCAAGAGUUGGUUCCAGGUUCACGGUUGACCUCCUCCAAGUUGUCCUUGUCAUCGAGGACAAGCUCGGUGAAGGCGAGGCACUCGCCAGUCUUGGGCUGCUGGGAGGCCAGGGAAGGCUGCUUCUCGACGGCCUUGGCCCAAGAGUUCUGGAUAGCUUGACGGAAGAGCUCGGGGAAAUCGUAAACGUACUGGGUUCCCAUAAGAUGGGCCUUGUAUCGCUUAGGCUGCAGCCAGUUCUUGGUAGCGUACGGGGUGGAAACAGGCAUCAGGUGCAUAGGGCCCUUGUCCUUGGUACCGCCAAUGCUCUGGAAGACCCAUUCACCCUUCUCCGACUUGCGCUCAGCAUACAAGUCGACGUCGACAAUGAAACCAGAGGUGUUGGUAAUGAUAACACGGAGAGGGUAAGGAGUGCCGGUCUGGGGGUCAGUGCAGAUAAUGCGGAUUUCGACCUGAGCCACACGGAGUCUCCAAGCACGGAUUCCGAAGCGGUCCAAGAAUCCCUGCAGACUCUGCUCGACAUCGCGAGGGUGAAGCUGGAAGACAGGCGUGAAGUUCAUGAAGAUGUGGUUCAGAUCGGAACCGUUGUUGCCAGUGAUCUCCAGAGCAUCGAAGAUAUCGUUGACGACACGGUCGGCCUCGGAGAUCAGGUACUCAGCGGUAGGGAUCUCGUCUCGGAGACGGCCAGGGCGAAUGACGGCACGUGUGAAGUAUCGCUUGUCGGUGUCGACAGUCUUGCCAAGGGCCUCGUAAACGUGGAUAUUUUUGUUUUCCGUGAAUACAGGCUUAAUGUUGAACUUGGCAAGGCGAGCCAAUUCCAGCUGGAAGGCCAAGGCAGGCUCCAUGUGACGAAUACUGUCGUCCUCAUUGUACUCAGGACCACGGAAUGUGUAGUAGCGAGGGUAAGAUCCGUCGCUGUUUCCACAGAUGAAAGUCAAGCGACGAACACCACGAGCAAGCAAAUCUUCCUUGAAAGGAGCAAUCAGGGAGUUGAGGCGAUCAAGGGUCUCCUGAUCAUUGGUAGCCUCGGCAUCUCUAACUGCAACGUUGACAACAGCUGA